AUGGGAUUGUCCUUGUCUUCAAUCUUAUCAACCUCAAAAGAAAUCUUAAAUAACAACCCAUUUUGUUUGACAGAAGAUGAGAAUACAGUUAUAAUAAGAUCAAUUAGCUUUGACUCAAAUGAUAUGGAAACAUUAAGACAAGUUAGCUUCAAAAGAAGUAAUUCGAACAAGAGUAAUGCAUCUGACUGUCCUGAAAGUUUGGUCAUUGAAGAAACUUUAAGGUAUCAGAAAUGGAAGCCUGAAAAGCUAAAACUCGAGACAACUGUUUUCUAUAAGGAUCUAGUUUUGUAUGGAGAAAAUUUAAAUUCAAAGACUAAAGAUGAUGAAUCAAUUACUGCAAAAUCAUUCCCUGAAAUGGAAACUUUGUUCUCUCCAAGGCCGGCCAGUGAGUUUCAAGCGGCUGCAAUUAAAGUGCAGAAAGUUUACAAGAGUUACAGGACUAGAAGAAACCUUGCAGAUUGUGCUGUUGUUGUUGAGGAGCUCUGGUGGAAGGCAUUAGAUUUUGCCACUCUUAAGCAGAGCUCAGUAUCAUUCUUUAACCUUGAGAAACCUGAAAGUGCCGUUUCGCGAUGGGCACGAGCUAGGACUAGGGCAGCUAAGGUUGGAAAGGGUUUAUCUAAGGAUGAGAAAGCUAAAAAACUAGCUCUGAGACACUGGCUAGAAGCUAUUGAUCCACGCCAUCGUUACGGACACAAUCUGCACUUAUAUUAUAAUGUCUGGUUUAAUAGUCAGAGCUCGCAACCCUUCUUUUACUGGUUGGAUGUUGGAGAUGGUAAAGAAAUAAAUCUUGAAAAUUGUCCAAGGACUAUUUUGCAACAUCAGUGCAUCAAAUAUUUGGGACCGGGAGGCAUUGGAUUGCACAAGAGUUGA